ACUCUAGUAUAUUAUUUUCUUGCUUCCUUCUUGAAUAGAAUAGUCGCAAUGCAAUAGACACGCACGCGCAGACGCGGGUCCAUAUAUAUAGGGAAUAUCCUGCCACCGUCACUGGUCACUUGCUCGGAGUCGGAGGUCGGAGCUACUGCAAGCUAGGCCUACAGCAAUGGCGGCCUCUUCGUCGAUCCAACGAGGCGAGAGACGAGGAAGGUGGGGGAGCCCCGAGCGCACCGUGGUGUGGACUGAACCCAAGCCCAAGCCGGCGAGGAAGGUCGCCGUGGUUUACUACCUCUGCCACCGCGACGGCCACCUCGACCACCCGCACUUCCUGGAGAUGGAGCUAUCCCAGCACCAGCAGUCCCACUCCUCCCGCCCUGCUCCCGGCCUCUACCUCCGAGACUUCAAGGCCCGCCUCAACGCGCUCCGCGGCGACGGCAUGCCCGGCAUGUACUCCUGGUCCUCCAAGAGGAGCUACAAGAACGGGUACGUGUGGCAGGACCUCACCGAGGACGACCUCAUCCACCCCGCCCACGGCAACGACGAGUACGUCCUCAAGGGCUCCCCGCUCCUCCUCUUCCCUCAGCCACCGCCGCAGCAGGAGGAUGCCGACAAGUGGGCCGGCCGUCACCGCAAGAACUGGAGCUCCUUCGACCUGGGGGACUGCGAUAGUAAGCUGGUCGUCGUGGCCCAACACCAACAGUCUGCGGCCACGCGGGUCGACCGGGACGACGCCGACCCGUCGUCGACGGAGCUGGCCAUCGACGAGAUCUCGCCGCCGCCGUCCUCCAGCAGCCCAGACGAGCCGGAGAGCUGCGGCAGGGAGGUCGGCGUGGUCGCCGGCGGGCGGAUGUGGGCGUCGGCCGUGCUGAUGCAGAUCUUCUCCUGCGGGUCCACGGCGGCCGUGAGGCGGGGCCGCCACGCGCGCACCCGCUCUGACCUUGUGAUGUCAAGUGCGAGCAACAGGCGGGCCAAGAAGGAGGCGGAUGCGGACGCGGACGCGGACGCGUCAGCAAGAGCGGCUGAAUGCCUGUCAGUGUCAGGCGUCGUGGAGCGGGACUACUUCAGCGGCAGCCUCAUUGAGAGCGGCAAGAAGCGCGGCGGGGAUGACGCCCUUCUUCUCAAGCGGUCAUCCUCCUGCAACGCCGACAGGGGCGCCGCGAAGCUGAAGUUGCCGCCGGUGCCGGCGAAGGAGGUCCGUCCCGGGCGCCUUGCCUCCCGAGGAAGCCCCGCGCCCAACAAAAGUAUGACUAAAUCCACGGUGGCCCAGAGCAGGGACGGAGGCGAAUGCAAUGGCGCGACGGCGGACGCGGCGGGGAGCACGUAGCCAUGCUGCUGCAGUGUGCAGUCCAUGAAGCGCCUCGGUCGACUUGCAUUGCAUUGCAGGUGGCGAGACGGGCACGACACGGUGUCGCGCGCGGGCGAGUGCUCCGAGAUGCGGAUGGACGAGUCAACUCAAAGUCAGCUGAGAUCUGCUACUAGUAGGACUAGAAUUAGCAUGCAAGUGCUUGUAACGGCACAGACUUGUACUUUUACUCAGUCACUAUAUACUAUAAACAAUAAAAAUACGGUUUUCUAA